CAUAUGUCCGUGCGUGUAGCAAAGCUCUAUCCUAUGCGUUGCGUCUUCUUCUCUAUCUUCUCUAUAUAUGCUUACAAGAGUUCCUGUUUAGCCCCGCCAAACAGGAGUAUUUUCCUAGGACGCAAAAGCAAAUCGUUGCCGCAGGAUAAUCAUCAGCAACAAUAGGAUAAGGAGGAGUUGGGGGGAGGGGGCAUCCACGAUCGGAAAACCAAACAUGCGAGGGGUGGUGGCGAAUGCGAAUGUACAACGACCAACUUCCCUUGAACAGUACAGAUUCCUUAACGGUCAAAAUUAGUUUUAAUCGUGUAGCGUCGACGGUUUGGUGCCCUCGAGCAUCAACGUUCACGAUCUAAGAGUCCAGAUCUAACGGACGACGUGGCAGCAACAAGUUGGACGCACGCUGCGAAGGGACGUCGACAUAACUAAUGGGUCAAGGUCAACAUGAGCAAUCUGUUUCCCAGUUCAAGACAAAGCUGCGUAUGCCGUUGGAUUUGGUGUCUGUGUUUCUCGCCUUCACACUGGAAAGCAGCCUAGACAAUUUACGAAGUACAUAUCCUGAUGUGGAGUUGAAAUCGGGUAUAUUGGAGACUCUUUGCUUCCCCUGCAUGGUUCUAAGAUUCUUCAUGAUGGCAGCCAAUCUGCCAUUCAUGCCUCCGAGCAUCCUGAUUUUCAUGGACACCGGCGCUGCCGUACUUGCCUGUUAUGUGCUACUACUGGACAUCAACUGGAGCUUCAAAUGGCUCACCAUGUUCCCCGUCAUGGGCAUUGUUUUCAUAUAUGCCCUGUCACGGUUGUACUCGAAGCCCUAUAGUCGAGGUGAAGAUCGUGAAGAGGCCGGGGUUAUCCCCUGUUCAAAAAUAAAAGAAGGUGAAGAUCGUGAAGAGGCCGCGGUUAUCUCCUGUUCACAAAUAAAAGAAGGUGAAGAUCGUGAAGAGGUCGCGGUUAUCUCCUGUUCACAAAUAAAAGAAGGUGAAGAUCGUGAAGAGGCCGCGGUUACCUUCUAUUCACAAAUAAAAGAAGAAGGUGAUGAUGGCCAUUGUGAGGCAAACCAAGGCAGUAAAGGAGAAAAUUUAUCGACGAGGAAUACAGAAGAAUCUAGCAAUGAGAAGAUCACUAGGGUAAUAUUUCUGCAGCUUGAGUUGAUCGGGAUAAUAACGUUCGGGGCGCUAUGGGCGAUGGACGAGCUGCUACUUGAUGAGCAUGCAACUGACAGGUUCACCAUCUCCCAGUUCCUCCUGUUCCUGAGCUUUAUGCUGGCAGCACUGACGUCCAUGAUGAAGAGACUGCCUACUGACGUCUCCCCGGGCAUUGCACCGGCAUCGGAGUUGCUCCACAAGACCUUGCUUGUACUCCUGCUGGUGACAGCGCACACGGUGGCCGCGGAGGCGCUGGGUGAGGAAGUGAUUAUCCUCUGCAUGCCAGAGGUUAUCCCAGCUGUGCUAAUCUGGUUCAGUAUUCACCAUGGCUCCGUCAGCGACCAGGUGAUGGAAACUUAUAAAAGCUGGGAAUGGCGCAUUUCUCUAGGUGCAGUGGUAGCUCUUUUUCUGGCCAAGAUUGGUGAGUCCCUGCGCCCCGGCUGGUGCACGACAAUAUUUGCUUGCUGUGCCGUCUCAGGGCUCCUGGCCCACUACGUUGUGUUCAUGCUAAGUCAUUGGCCAGGGCAACAACCGGCUGAUGACAAGCAGGAUCCGGGGAAGCUGGAUGUACAAGCCGCUGAUGGAAAGCAGGAUCCAGGGAAGCUGGCUGUGGAAUUACUGAGGCAUUGGGCAAAUGACUUACUGAUAGCCGCAGCUGCGUUGCUGCUACUCAGGUAUCUGCUCGUUCACGGGCUUGGUUGGAGAGAAGCACUUACUGCACUAAGCCAGACCUUUGAACGAUUGAUUUCAGCAGUGAGAGGACACACAACUACUUUUUGGUCCAUCAUGCCAUUACUAUGUUCUACCGUAUUCAAUUUGUUGUCCAGUUCAAUGAACCUGCACAAGGAUUCCCCAGGAAUUGCAACAGUGCGAAGGAGCUUUGGAAUUUGCUAUAAUGUGUUGAUUGUACUUCAUAUGUUCUGCUUUACAGGUGAUGUAUCCCAUACUCUAUAUUAUAAGUACAAUAGUAUUGCCUUACUUUGGAAGGAAUGCAGCGCAUUCUUGUAAUAUAAAAUGAUUUAUGUAUUGCACGGUACAAAAUGUAACAUCACAUGUAAGAUCACUGUAUAAAUAAUGUAUUGGCACAAAUGCCCGUGCGUAGCAACGAGAUAUAUUGUUACAGGUGUCAUGCCUCCA